AUGGCCUCGGAGCACAGUUACAUUCUUGUCCCGGAACCCGGCCAGCCCACUUCGCAGAUCGCCAUUGGCAAUAUCUUCAGAGACCGCAGAAAGGUCGAUCAGCAGCCAUUCGCCGGACCCGGGUCGGGCGUUCUCACGCAGCUCCAUGCAACCGAGCAUGAUGUAAACCUCACCUUCAACAUCAGCAAGCGCUUGGCUGCCGGCCUUAAAGCAAAGCUGUGUUCUUUCCUUGGCAUCAGCGCGAGCUUUGACUCUUCCGAGGAGGGGGAUGUUGCCUUGAAAAUUGGCAAGGUCGAAACAUACCGGAUCGCCAUGGAGGGUGAUAUCCUUCAUCGGUAUGUUAAAAGGCGGCUCGAGGAGCUGGACCAGGAUGCAGAGGGACUGAGAAAGCUCAGGCUUGAUCCUGAUAAGUCAGGACGACUAUUCAUGAUCACGGGCGUCAAGGUCGCCACAGAUAUGGUAAGAUAUGUUGCAGAGAAACGCCAGCGCGGAGGAAACAUCGAUGCCGGAUUUCCUCUGGAUCCGCACCAAGCGGCAGGUCUGCAAGCUUCUGGCGUCAUGAGUAAAAACAGGAAUUGGUCGAUUUCUGGGAAAAUGGAUGGGCCUGUUGUGAUUGCCUAUCAGUUGUAUUAUGUGCCAUGGAAGAAUGACAAGGCUCGAAUCCAGAAGAAUUUGAAGUACGGGAUGUUGGGUGAUGAGAAGGACAACGAUAAAGAUGAAGAAGAAGAAGAAGAUGAUGAUGAUGAUGAAGAGAACGAGGAGCUAGAGGACGAGUGGGGUUGGUUCAUGCAGCUUGGAAGCUAA